UCCCUCCCUCGCUCCCUCCGUGCCUCUCUCCCGGCGGCUCCCGGCGUGCGAGGAUGGAGCUGUUCCAAGCCAAGGACCACUACAUCCUGCAGAGCGGGGAGCGGGCGCUGUGGUGCAGCCGGAGGGACGGCAGCCUGCAGCUGAGAGCCGCCACUGAUCUCCUUUUGGCUUGGAAUCCCAUUUGUCUGGGCCUGGUAGAGGGAGUCAUUGGUAAAGUCCAGCUUCAUACAGAUUUACCAUGGUGGCUCCUUCUAAUUCGUCAGAAAGCAUUGAUUGGCAAACUUCCAGGAGAUCAUGAGGUCUGCAAAAUAACGAAGAUUGCAGUGAUUCCACUUUCUGAGACAGAACCUCAGGAUCUGGAAUUGGAGCUUUGUAAAAAGCACCAUUUUGGGAUAAACAAGCCAGAGAAGAUAACACAGUCCCCAGAUGAUACAAAAUUUCUGCUGAAGACUCUUACUCAAAUUAAAUCCAAUGUGUCUGCUCCAAAUAAAAAGAAGAUUAGAGAAAGCAAAGAGAAAGAGAGGCUGGAGAAGAGAUUGUUGGAGGAGUUGUUCAAAAUGUUYAUGGAUUCAGACUCCUUUUACUACAGCCUGAGCUAUGACCUGACAAAUUCUGUGCAGAGGCAGAGUGUGUGUGAGAAAACCAACUUACCCCUGUGGMGAAAAGUGGAUGACAGAUUCUUUUGGAACAAGCACAUGAUUGAAGAUCUCAUCAGUAUCGAUAAUGCCGAAGUGGACUUCUGGAUAAUACCCAUCAUUCAGGGAUUUGUGCAAAUUGAAGAACUUGUGGUAAACUACAAUGAAUCUUCUGAUGAUGAUAAGAGCAGUCCUGAAACUCCUCCUCAGGAAUCCUCUUGUGUAGAUGACAUCCAUCCAACAUUCCUGGUGGCACUCAUCUCACGCCGGAGUCGGCACAGAGCUGGAAUGCGGUAUAAGCGGAGAGGUGUUGAUAAAAAUGGAAAUGUGGCAAAUUAUGUUGAGACAGAGCAACUGAUCCAUGUCCAUAAUCACACCCUUUCCUAUAUCCAAACACGAGGCUCUGUGCCUGUUUUCUGGAGCCAAGUUGGAUACAGAUAUAACCCAMGGCCCCGGCUGGACAAGAGUGAAAAUGAAACCGUGCCUUGUUUUCGUGCACACUUUGAAGAACAGCUGAAAAAUUACAAAAAGCAGGUUAUUAUUAACUUGGUGGAUCAGACAGGCAGAGAGAAGAUUAUUGGAGAUGCUUACCUUAAACAAGUUCUUCUCUACAACAAUGCAAAUCUGACUUAUGUUUCAUUUGACUUCCAUGAGCACUGCAGAGGAAUGAAGUUUGAAAAUGUUCAAACACUGACUGAUGCCAUUCAUGAUAUUAUUCUUGACAUGAAGUGGUGCUGGGUUGACCAAGCUGGAGUGAUCUGUAAACAGGAAGGAAUUUUCCGGGUUAACUGCAUGGACUGCCUGGAUCGGACCAACGUUGUGCAGGCUGCUAUUGCCAGAGUGGUCAUGGAGCAGCAGCUCAAAAAACUGGGUGUGAUGCCACCAGAGCAGCCCCUGCCAGUGAAAUGCAACAGRAUCUACCAGAUCAUGUGGGCCAACAACGGCGAUGCCAUCAGCCGGCAGUACGCGGGCACGGCUGCCCUGAAGGGUGACUUCACAAGGACGGGUGAAAGAAAACUGGCRGGGGUGAUGAAGGAUGGGGUGAACUCUGCAAACAGAUACUACUUGAAUCGUUUCAGGGAUGCUUACAGGCAAGCUGUCAUAGAUUUGAUGCAGGGUAUCCCCGUGACAGAGGACCUGUACUCAAUAUUUACAAAAGAGAAGGAGCACGAAGCCCUGCACAAGGAGAACCUGAGGAGCCACCAGGAAUUGAUCAGCCAGCUGCUGCAGAGCUACAUGAAACUGCUCUUACCAGAUGAUGAAAAAUUCCAUGGAGGCUGGGCACUCAUUGACUGUGAUCCAAGUCUCAUUGAUGCCACUCAUAAGGAUGUGGAUGUGCUGCUUUUACUUUCAAAUUCUGCCUACUAUGUGGCCUACUAYGAUGAUGAAAUCGACAAAGUGAAUCAGUACCAAAGGUUAAGUCUUGAAGCUCUGGAAAAAAUAGAAAUAGGGCCUGAGCCUACCCUCUUUGGCAAACCCAAAUUUUCUUGCAUGAGGCUGCAUUACAAAUACAAAGAAAUGAGUGGAUAUUUCCACACCCUCAGAGCUGUGGUUCGCAGCCCAGAAGAAGAUGGAAAAGACACUCUUCAGUGCAUUGCAGAAAUGCUGAGRAUCACAAAGCAAGCAAUGGGAAUGGAUGUGCCCAUUAUUGAGAAGAAGCUGGAGAGGAGGAGCAGCAAACCUCAUGAAGAUAUCAUCGGCAUUCGGUCUCAGAACAGAGGGUCCCUGGCCCAAGGCAAGAAUUAUUUACUGAGCAAGUUCUCCUCUCUCAAUCAAAAGGUGAAACAAACCAAAUCCAACGUAAACAUGAGCAACCUUCGGAAGCUAGGCAACUUGGCCAAAACUGAAGUGAAAGUCAAUUUUUUGAAGCCAAAUUUGAAAGUUAAUCUUUGGAAAUCAGACAGCAGCCUUGAAACUCUGGAGAAUCCCGGGGUAGAUCCUAAAGCUGCCAGCGAAUCUGACACAGAAGGCUCAGAUAACGACUCAUUCCACUCGGACGAUUUCCUGACUAACUCCAAAUCGGAUGAGGACACCCAGCUGACGGAUUCCCUGGAGAACAUUGGCCCCACAGACUAUGUGCUGCCCAGCUGUGGCAUCAUCGCCUCGGCUCCGCGGCUGGGCAGCCGCUCGCAGUCCGUCAGCAGCACCGACAUGAGCCUGAGCAUCGCCGUGCCGCCCGAGGGACCCRAGUGCCAGGACGUGGCCAUGCCUUCUGCUGACAGUGCUGAGCUGCAGUUUGCUAAGCCUGUGGAUGUGUACUGCCAGAGGUUCGUGCAGGAUGCCCAGAGCAAGGUGUCUGAGGUUUUGGAGCCUGAGGCUGGUUCUCAGGAGCCCCAUCACACACCGAUCCAAACCAGCAGUAACGCAGCCAAGAAGGCAGAACCCAAGGCUGAAGCUGUUGCAGACGUUCCUUCCCGGCCRUCUAAGCUGGAUGUUCAAUCUUCUGAGCCAAAUCCGCAGCUCUUGGCUGUUGGUGGGCCUGACUWUGGUAAAUCCCACAAAAGCCCGGGAUCUGUGUCUGGGAACCACGAGCCAGGACUCCACACGACUCCUUCCCCCGCUGACGGCAGCAGCAGCAGAGCCGUGUCUCCCUUUGCUAAAAUCCGCAGCUCCAUGGUCCAGGUUGCCAACAUCACCCAGGCAGGAUUGACUCAAGGGAUUAAUUUUGCUGUGGCAAAGGUCCAGAAGAGCCCGGCGGAACCAGAAGCUUUAAAUGAAAUCAAACAGAAAGAACUGAGAGAAAUGUUUACGCAAUGCCAGACACGAAUAAUUCAGAUCUAGCGGCUAAUUUGGGAAAUGUUCUUCCAGCUGUGGCUUCUAAUAAAAUAAUGCAGUGA